UGAACAGAAAUUGCUGAAGCUUUAUCGAAACAAAGGUUUAUUAUUGUCGGUGUCAAUUUCUGCGGUAAAUAUGGAAGGAAUUCAAGUAUUAACUCAGGAUUUUGUUAACGUACAUAUAACGAAGUCUGACAGCGAAGAUGCCGCUCCGGUUGAACGUCGAUUUAAAAAAGGAAUCAAUAUUCACGAAUUUAAGACUAAACUGGAACUUGUGACUGGUGGUUCAGCUGCUACGAUGAAAUUACAAGUCUUUGACAAGAAAAACAACUUCAUCUGUGACAUAGACAAUGAUGAUGCCCUAUUAGGGUCCUAUCCCAUUGAUGAUGGGAUGAGAAUACACGUCAUAGAUAAUUUUACAUUAGUCAAAGAUUUCGGAGAAUCCGAUAGUGCUGAAAGGUUCCGUUUAUCAGAAGAAGAGUAUGAGAAGAAAGGUGACACUUUACGCUCAUUUCUUCAGAAGAAUAGACUCGGCAAGUACAAUGAAGAGGAGAUGAAUAAACUAAAAGAGCAGCAGCAGAAAGAGUUAGAGGAAGAGGCUAAGAUAGCAGAAGCAGUACUAGUAGGAGCGAGAUGUGAAGUCAGAGUCCCUUCACAGGGCGUAAGGCGGGCCACCGUCAGGUACAACGGACCGCUAGAUGGGGCUCGGGGUUUGUGGAUUGGAGUUCAGUAUGAUGAGCCUCGGGGAAAGAAUGAUGGAUCGGUCAACGGUAAAAGAUAUUUCACAUGCCCACCUAAGUAUGGUGGUUUUGUCAAACCAAUGUAUGUAACCGUUGGCGACUUUCCCGUAGAAGAAUUUGAUUUGGACGAGGAGAUAUGAACAUCGAGCUUCUUUUGAGAGGGUAAUGCUUAAAAUUAUUUAAUAAGUGGCAUCAAUUUAUAACAAAACAUUAUGCUAGUAGAUGGCUUCCUGGAACAUAUUUGUAUUAGUAUUUGUUUUUAAUAGUGUGUAAUUAAUUGGCUUAUUAUAGUCUAUGUAUAGAAA